AUGGCGGAGACCGGAACUGGUCCGACGGGCCCUGGUCUGUUCUACGUCAAUUCCAAAAUCUCUAAACCGGACGACUUGUCACCGGAGUUGUUCACGAAAUGGUACGAAGAGGUCCAUAUCCCGCAAAUCUUCAAGGCAUCAACCGAUGGCUUCGAUUCGGGCUUUAGAUACUAUACCACCGAGUCGGAGCCUGUCGAACGCCCAUAUCUGGCGCUUUAUCCGCUUCGAAAUGUGAAAUUUCUGGGCAGUCAGGAGUUCUUCACCCUUCCGGCUCACAGUGACAUUUUGCCUGGCCCAAAUAAUUUCAUCUUCGACGUGGCGAACUUCGCUACAAGGUUUUAUACCCUCGGCGAUGUCAACGAGCCCGAAGGAUCUGCUUCAGGUCCCGCACCAUACAUCACUGUUGCUGACCUCGACUCGCCAUUAAACGGAAACGAAGUGCCGAGCAACCCCGCGCGUGUGCGACAGUACAAUAACUACUUUGCGAUGAUAAUGGGAGGUGCAGAGGGGGAAACUGAGACCCCGCCGCCGGCGAAGCAUCUUUACAUUGCGGAAUUCACCACUCCUGAAGGACAAAAGGAGGCGGCGGAGUACUUGCGAAAGCAAGCAAAGAAGGUCUCCACGUUCAACCUUCUGAAGGCUUUUGGUAAUACUGCUCACGUUGCAUGA